GGAGACCGAGGAGGAGAGGCAGGCAGCGGAGCAGGAGGAGGCGUGAGGGACCGGCUUGCAAGCGAGCUACAGCGUUAGCAGCCAAAGCACCAGCACCAGCUCCUCCUCCUCUUGCCGAUCCGAGGAGCUCGACCGGCGGGCGCGAUGGCACUGCGGAGUCAGGAGCAAGCGCUGUCAGAGAAGGGGGCCCUGGAAGACGAAGGGGAGGAGGGCGAAGGAGGGGAAGCCGCGGCUGGCGGCGCUGUGGUGGCCAGAGGGGGCCCUCCGGGGGCCGCGGCGCAGGGCUUCACGCCCCCCGAAGGAGGCUUCGGCUGGGUGGUGGUCCUGGCUGCCACCUGGUGCAACGGCUCCAUCUUCGGUAUCCACAACUCCUUCGGGAUGCUCUACGUCUUGCUGCAGGACGACGGGGCCGCCGAAGACCCCUCGCUGAAGUUUAAAACAGCCUGGGUUGGAUCCUUGGGCAUGGGGAUGAUAUUCUUCUGCUCUCCUAUCGUGAGCAUCUUCACCGACCGGAUCGGCUGCAGGACGACGGCUGCCUCGGGAGCAGCCAUUGCCUUCAUAGGGCUCUUCUCCAGUUCCUUCACCAAAUCUCUUGAAGUCCGUUAUUUCACUUAUGGAGUCCUCUUCGGCUGUGGCAGCUCCUUUGCCUUCCAGCCCUCUCUGGUCAUCCUUGGUCACUACUUCAAGCGGCGCCUAGGCUUGGCUAAUGGCCUGGUGACGGCUGGCAGCUGUGUCUUCUCCAUGGGCCUGCCUUUCCUCUUGAAGAUUGUUGGCAGGGCCAUUGGGCUGGCCCACACUUUCCAAGUUCUCAGCGCCUUUAUGCUCGUCCAGAUCUUCUUGUCCCUAACUUUCCGUCCCAUGUUCCCUUCGACCUCUGACCCCCACGACGUGGAGCACGUGAAGCUAGACAGCCGGAGCUGGCGGCAGCAGUGUGCAUCGCAGAUGCGGAAGUAUUUCAGCCUAAGGGUCUUCAGGAAAAAGACCUACCGGAUCUGGGCUUUCGGGAUUGCAACUGCCGUUCUGGGGUACUUUGUACCUUACAUGCAUCUGGUGAAGUACGUGGAAGAGGAGUUCAAGGAAACAGAAAGGGCAUGGAUUCUGCUGCUUUGCAUUGGAGCUACAUCAGGGGUUGGGCGUUUGGCUUCAGGGCCAAUAAGUGACCUCAUCCAUGGGCCGAAGAAGAUUUACCUACAGGUUGCCUCCUUUAUACUCUUGGGUAUAAUGUGCAUGAUGAUCCCACAGUGCCAAGAGUUUUGGGGGGUCAUUAUUGUCUGCCUUUUCCUUGGACUUUGUGAUGGACUCUUCAUAACCAUCAUGGCUCCCAUUGCUUUUGAGCUGGUUGGGCCCAUGCAGGCAUCUCAAGCCAUUGGUUAUCUCCUGGGACUUAUGGCCAUUCCAAUGACAGCGGGUCCCCCAAUUGCAGGAUUUCUCGGUGAACAUUUUGGGAAUUACCACCUCGCCUUCUAUUUUGCUGGUGUUCCUCCCAUUGUUGGGGGUCUGGUUCUGUCUCUUGUUCCUCUGAUCCAUCAAAGACAGCUCAGGAAGAAGCGGCUGGAUUCUGGGAAAGACAAGAUGCUGGUUUCAGAGACCAUUAUGAACGGAGAGCUUCUCCCCGGUUCUCCAGCCAUGGAGGCCCACAUGUAAAGCCAUCCUUCAAAUCUCCCAGUGCCCUGGUGCACACACUGUCACCACCAGCAUUCUCUGGCACUGUACCUGAGCCCAGCCCUUCCCGAAGAGGAAUCAAGCUUCUUCGAUUGUAGGCAAGGACUGGUCACGUAAGGACAAUCCUGAUUGGACAGUUUCACCUUUCAAGUUGAUUCUGUUUGGCUCUCUCCUACAGAGAGAAUUCUUGUAGCGCUAUAACUCGUUUGCCCUGCUAUGAUUGUUGGCACAGCAAUGGAUUACACAUAGGAAGGUGUUAAAAGUUGUAAAAAUCGAUUCCUCAGUCCAGCCCCCUCCUCUCCACCACCAAAAUUCUAAAGCCAUGCUUGGAUAUCUUGCCUUGAAAGUGGAGUUUAAUCUCACUGUGAGAUCCUUUGGGAGUUAAUUUUGUAUCAGCCAAAUUCUCAAAAGUCUGAAACACUCAAGGAGGCUAAAAAAGGUAAAUUUUGAAUCACGUUUUUUCUUUUGAAUCUGACUCUGAAAUUGUAGGAAAGCGUACUUGGUUUUCUUAGCAGCCUUUUUCAGAUAACUUUUUUUGCCACCUACUUUUACUAAAUGCAUCCCUCUGUCAAAAGGAUCCCUCUCUGCUUCCUCCAAUUCAACUGUCCCUGUGGCAGAUAUUGCUUCUCUCAAGGUAUGCAGUCCAGUGUUUUCAGAAUAGUGUUCUCCAACCAUUGCCUGAGUGGGUUCAUUGCAUAGGAAAACAGAUUUAACUCUUGAAAGUGUGGGUGGUGAUGUCCAACUCUCUAAUACUUUCAGUUUGGCAAAAUGUAGUUUAUCUCUCUCCAUUAAUAACUCAUUAUCGUCCAAGCCGCCACCCUUCCGACUUGCAGAUUUCAUACAGGACCAGAUUUAGAAUAAUUAUUUUACUAGAAAGAAUUUACAGAGCAGCGUUUCCGUGCGCUGCUCUGGUUCGCCAGAAGCGGCUUAGUCAUGCUGGCCACAUGACCCGGAAUCUGUACGCCGGCUCCC